AUGGACGACCAGGUACCUGUACAGCAGCGUGAAGGAGGCACGAGGGAAGGCGUUCCAUCUAGUGAGAUCCAGAGGCUGCAGGAGCAGAACGCAGGUCUGCGGAACGCUGUUUCACAGAUGAGGCGUGAGAUGGAAAUGCUGAGUGGCCAUCUUCCCUCUGCUCAAGCAGAAGAGGGUUCAGAGGCAGACCCUGACCCCAAGGCUGGAGGAGAUUCAGCCCCUCCAGGUGAGCAGGGAGAAAUGGAGACCAAGAAUUAUGUUCUGGCCCUUAAAGCAGAAACACAAAGCCUAAAACAUAAGAUUGAGGCACUGGAAGAGCAGCUGCAGGCCAUGGAAGCGCCAGUGAAGAUGGCCUCGACCACCGCGGCUCCACGCCUCGGUGUGCCCAGUUCUGCAGAAGCCGCUGGACAGCAAGUGUUCUUGUCUACAGAUGCAGGCCUGACAGACCAGGCAUCUGGUACACUGGCACUCCGAAAACUCGGAGACAGAGUGCAACUCUUGAACUUGCUGGUGACACAGCUCAAAAAGAAGGUGCGCCACAAACCCCUGGAGCUGGUCACUGUCCAGCAGGAGCUCCCCAGUGACGUGGACCAGGUGCACCUGGAGGUUUCGGAGCUGCAGAAGCAGGUGGCUGAGCUAAAGAAGCAUCUCAGGAUGGUGCCUCCCCGAGCAGACCCUGCAUACAGGAAGCAAUUGCAGAGAGAGGGCUUGGCUGACGGGAGACCCAUAGGCACGGAGAACCAGACAGACUCCCCUAGUUUCCCCCAGGAAGAGGAACAGCCUCCAGAGACCAUAUCUGUGCCCCAUCUGCAAAGGAAACUAAAGGUCGCCACUAGGAAAAUACUCAGCCUCCGCCUCGAGAGGGAACAGCUCCUGGAAAUGGGGAACAGACUCCGCGCCGAGCUGGGCCACCCUAAAGGGAAACAGACUCCUUCCUCCCUUCCUCCCACCUCUGAGCCCCAGAACCCCCGCGAGGUGCCUGAGAUACCUUUGGACCGUGCCCCACCUUUGGGACAACUGCAGCCCCACUCAACAAUUCAGAAACAACAUAGAGUCCCCACAGAGACUUGGAAGUCAGUUUGUCAGAAAGAAAACAGGUCCCCAAAGCUACCACAAGCUCAAGAAGUCCCUGAAGAAAGUGACCACCAUCCCCACAGAUCAUCUUCAUUGGCCAGCAGUUCCCUCCAGGACACCUGGAAGUUGCUAGACCUGGGAUCCAGCGUUUCGGGUGUGCCGUCACAGGGCGACUCUGCCACAGAGUGCCCAGCACCUCCAGGAGCCAGCUGCUUCCGAAAGGUCAGCCGGAGCCCUGGCCCCACGCAUAGGGCCUUUGCUGUCAAAGGGCUAAAGAUGGAACCUCAGCCAAAAGCCACACACCCCAGACCUGGCAAGUCCCACCCGGCUAAACCUACAAACUGCCAGCGCCAGCGGCACUCUAGGGUCCGCAACUACAACCUCAAGGACUAAGUCUCAGUCCCCUGCAUGC